ACACGCACCUCUGACCCAACCGUUGCCUUCCCUAUUUUUCGCCUUUUGCUUUACUGUCUGGUUCAAGUUUCUCCUUCGAUACCUUUUCAACGUUGGCUCAUUGCAGCAGCCAACUGUUGCCAGCAUCGUUAUCCGUCCAGUGUCUAAUUGCAUCGAUGGUGAUAGGCGAUCGGAUUAAACGGAAAUAACAUUAUCGUCAUCCUUCAAAAUUUUUGUUUGUUGUUUGGGUCGUCCAGCCCAUUUUUUGAUAACCCACGCCAACAGACAUUGUUCGACUGGUGUGCAAUUGAGAACAAAGAGGCGCAAACCGACGGUGAGAGAUGGCCUCCUCUUCGGGCGAUGUCCAGUCGCAUCAUCGCCAUCAGUUCUCCAAAACAUCGACAACAAUGACGAGCACCAGCAACAACAGCCUUCAACAUUCGGCUGUUGCCAUUGACGAACAGAACUCUACACUAGAGCAUCACCAUCCAGUGUAUCCCGUCUCUGAAUGGGACACGAAAUUAGAUCGGAUGCUGGAUGAGCUGCAACGCAGUAUAUCACCGCAAAGGAAAACGGAAGCAUCAAGGAUAGAGGUGGGAAGACACGAGACGCCAGUUAGCGUCACUUCCGUCCAUCGGCAGUCGUCUAGCAAAGCGACCAGCACCAGCGGCACCAACCAGCACCUAGCCGAACAAGCAGUUUCACAGACAUCCAUUGCGCGUCGUCUCUUUGACACUGCUUCAGAUUCAGCGGCAAACUCUUCGUCUGUCAGGGUAGCCAGAUCCCGGUCUCCGGAACUGCUUCCGCCCGUAGAAGGACGCCCUCAUACUUACACCGACGGUCCGUUCGGCAAGGCUUUGUCGGCAAGUGGGAGCAUCGGCAGGGCUCGCUCGAGUUCGCAACAACGCGAAUACCGCGAAUAUCACACGUCGACGAAGAAUCACGGUGACGGUUCUCUUCUUGUCGGCAUGCCGGCCUCCGAAGAUGACGCCCAUCAGGCAACACCGCCAUCCGUUUCCGACAGAGCGAAAGCGUGGAGCAGCCGAGGAGUGACUUACAGUUUCAAGGAGGAGGUGACCAGCAGCACUAGCAGCAAAAAUGCAGCAACGGCCGGAGCAGAGAACACGGCUGGUGUAGUAGAAACGACGGUCAAAAGAAGCCAAGUCGUCAAAUCGUCUACUAACGGCCAGCAAAACAAGAAAACGACGCCGGCUGCAGAUCAAGUGGAUUCGUCGCUCAACAAUGUCGUCGUCGAUAUCGGCAAUCAAAUGAUUCCCGACUGCAUCGAUUUGCUCGCCAGCAACAAGAAAGAAAAGACAAAGAAAUCCGUCCGUCUUGCUGAGGGCAACCAGUCGUCCACUCAGCAAGUGACGGGCUCUUCCAGCCAAUUCUACAGUUACAACAGUAGCAGUAGCAGCAGCAGCAGCAGCAAGAAACAAGUGGUCGCCAGCAGCAGUACCAGUGGUAGUACGAUGGUGGGCGAUUCUACCGUUGAUUAUAGUCGAAUCAGCAAAAAGCAGAUCGGCGCUGCAACCGGAGCCAUGAACCAAAAGCAGCUCGACAGUCCCGUCUGCAAUUUCACGGAUCACGAUGAUUUUCCUAAAUACAACGUGCGUGUUAUUCCGGAAUCAGCGGGACUGCUGUGCAAUGUGGCUUCGCAUCCCCAUCCGAUGUGUAACAUAGAGAGGCAUCCCCAUUUCCCGUUGUAUGCGGCCUCGCCUCCGUGCCCGCCCGGAUCGCAGGAUACGCAACCCGUUUGCAACAUCGAAGCUCACCCCGCUAUACUUUGCAACUAUCCACAUCAUCCGGAUUAUCCUGGUUUUGCCGCCGGUUGCCCUCCGUCGGAAACCAUCUGCAACGUCCCGUCGCACCCCGAACUGUUGUGCAACUUACCCAAGCAUGCCGACUAUCCGAAACACGCCUCACGGUGUCCCCCACCUGAGAUCGAGCCCAUUUGCAAUAUGGAUCUGCCCAAGGGUCAUCCACGCGUCGUCUGCAAUUUCGUCCGUCACCCCCACUAUCCGAAAUAUUGCAAUGCCAAGUUAACUGGACAGCAGCCGAACAGCGUGUGCAACGUCCCGGCUCAUCGAUUGGACAAGUGCAACAUACCCGAGCAUCCCGAUUUUCCUGAUUUCAAGGCCAACAAACCACCUGUCGCUGUAGAGGGUAACAUGAACACGCCCACCCCGAACGACGAUGUGCCGUUGUGUACAGUACCCGGACACCCGAUGCUCAUCUGCAACGUGACGCAACAUCCGGACUAUCCGAAAUUCACUCAUCCCGAAUUGCCCGAGUUCUCCGAGGCUGUGGCCGGACUGGUUUGCACCAUACCCAGUCAUCCGCACGAUCCAAUCCCGUUGCCGUCGAAAUGCAAUAUCCCUGGCCAUCCUGGAUAUCCCGAUUUCAUGUCUCUUGCUGAACCACAGACGGAGCCGUUUUGCGACGUUCCAGGCCACCCAUUCGGACUGUGCAACAUCCAGACACACCCGCAAUACCCUGAAUUGAUGGAUCCAGUAGAUCGAGAUGCCGCUCCCUAUUGUUUCAUACCGUCCCAUCCGGAGCUGCUGUGCAACAUCGCUCACCAUCCCGACUUCCCUGGCUACACGACAGAAGGUGAAGUGCCAUCCGAACCGAUUUGCAACGUCCCCAGGCACCCACCGAUUCCCAUCGUCGAAAUUCAGGUUCCGUCUCCUACACCAUCGCCCUUAACGGCUAGAUCGCCUUCUCCGCCCGUUCGCGAUUCUGGUCCGGUCAUCUGCAAUAUCCCGUUUCAUCCCCAGUACCCUGCUCUAAUGGGCGACAGUAGCCCGCUUUCGCUGCCCGUCUGCUCCGUACCCGGACAUCCGCCACUUCUUUGCAAUGUGCCGAAACAUCCCAACUUCCCGGAACACGUUGGCCACAUCGGACUCAAAUCGCCACCGCAGUGCAACAUACCCGGCCAUCCUCAGCUGUUGUGCAAUUUGCCACAUCACCCCGAUUACCCUCGGCUGGCCGGCGAUUGCCCGUCGGAGCCUUACUGCAACCUGCCAACUCACCCACUGACCAAUAAGCCGAAACUUUAUCAGGCAGGCACAGGUUCUCCUCUACCCAACCGAAGGCAGGGAACACCAGAUCCCGGACUACAAGCUCCGCCCAAGAAACUGGACGAUCUUAUGGCUACCUUCAAUGGUGGACCGCCUCUCCCGCUUACGUCAACUCCGCGCGGAGAUCCACAAAAAAUUGUGUUUUCGCCUUCGCCUGCUGUGCAACUUCCGCUGAAAUCUAAGGAACCGGUGGACGGCGAGACGGAGCCAUUAAUAGAGAAAGAAGCACCAAAGCGGCCGACGACGAAAGGCACUAGCGGACCACCCGUCUACUACCCGCCCGACCAUAAGAUGUUCACGAAAAAAGAUGUACCAAUUGUGUCACGCACUUUGGAGAAAAAGUCGAAAACGAUGGGAGGCCGAUCCAAAGGCAAAAUGAAAUUUGCUGCCAAGCAUUCGGCCAAGGCAUCCGAAUCAGAUUCAAGUGCCAAAGGUGCGUACGGAGGCGCCGCCGUCAUCCCCAUCUGUUUGCCCGUCUGCUGCGCCAUGCCGUGCGUCAUCAUGUAAAUGUUGAUGACAACAGGGAAUUCAACGACUGUGACGACCAGCGUUUAAGCAGAUCAGCUAAAUAACGUUCAUCACGAAAAGAAUAUUUCGUGUCGUAAUCGAUUCGCAGAUCGAUUCGUUUGUCUUUAAUAUGAGUUCAUUUGUUGCCCACGAAACUGACCCAGUGAUUAAAAAAACAACAACAAAUAUUUUACUCCCGGUGGAUGUCGAUGGCUUGUCUAGUAAGCUUCAUAGCAUUCGAGAUGGGUCAUUGACAAUUUCAACAUGUUUUGCUUUCAUUGACCCCUUUCAUCGCUUGAUCUGUUCGUUUCAUUGUCGUUUCAUUGCGUAUUGAUUCGUUAAAAAUCAGUCACAUCCAAUACUGCCAUGAAUCGAUGCUGCACUGCAUUUCAGACGCACAUGACUGCUGCUUUUUGUAACAAACCCCGUCGUCGUGACGGCGCCAUUCGUUUUAUCGAAAACAAAAAAUAACGUGUCCAUUGGCCUAGUCUUUCUGCUGCAAUGCGUUCAUCACAUAAUCAAUCGCCAUAUAUAACCUAAA